AUGGAUCUAAGCCGGUUCUGUGAUUCCCAUGGUAUUAUAUUAUACGCUUUGCCACCUUAUACAACGCAUUUAAUGCAACCGGCUGACGUUAGCCUAUUUACACCUUUAAAGACAUAUUGGAAGCAGACAGUUCGUGAAUGGCAAGAAGAGCAUGUAGGAGACUCUCUUACUAAAAAAGAAUUCUCUCCUUUAUUGCUCAAGGUUCUUAGCGAACAAAAUUAUUCCGAAGCUAUAAAAAAUGGAUUUCGAAAAUGCGGUUUGUAUCCUUUAAAUCCCGAUGCAGUAGACCAUACGAAAUGUGUAAAAUCCAACGCAAUUGCAAUACAAGAACAGGAUGAAACUACUUGCCAGAAAAAAACUAGAUACAGAAUUGCGUCCGAAGUGAUAACAGAACUCUCAUCCAAAUUACGAGAUGUGGGCAUAGAUUCCAACGUUAUAUUAGAAGUUUUCUCUGAAGAAGAGAGUACAAACUCCGCAUCGCGUAAUCCUCUUGAAUACCAAAACAUAUAUCCCGAAGGACAGCCAGAAUGUGCCCCUGAUGUAAAUAAUGUUUUGCAUCAGGAAGAUAAUGACCUUUCAUCCAUUUCAUUGCUUGAUGUAACUUUAGAUGAUCUGGAGAUACCGUCCGGUAUAUUCGUUAUAAACAACGAUGGAGUUUUAGAGCCAGUAUGCAGUAGUUCAAAGGACGUGUCAACAAAUAUAUCUACCGCUAUAAUACCUUCCCCAGGUCCAAGUUUUGCUAGUAGCUUAUCAUCGCACUUAUUCUACCCAAAACCUAUCCGGUUUAAGGGUAAAAUAACUAGUAGCACUUUAAGAGCAUCUAGUGCUAUCUCUUCACAAGGAUGGAGAGAUAUAUACGAGCAAAAAGAACGCGAGAAGCAACAAAAACAAACCGCCAUAGCUGAAAGGAAACUAGAACGUUUAGCUAAGAGGAACCUUAAACAAAAAAACAGGGCUAAACAAAGGAAACGCUUCUCAAAAAAGAAAGAAAUAUGCCAGACUUGCUUGGACGAACUCACUAGCGAUGUAGAUGACGACAACUUAAAGAAUAUCGGCUGCGACACUUGCCCCUCAUGGUAUCAUCUGAAAUGUACCGCAUUGAAAGACCUUUCAUAUUCAGAAGCUUACAAAAACAAGUUUAUAUGUGCUUUGUGUUCCAACUGA